CGCAUCGCCUCGUCGGAGGAGGAGGAGGGAGAUCGGAGAUGGGGGCGGGGGAGGGAGGGGAGGAGCAGUCGCUGGCGCUGACGCCGACAUGGGUGGUGGCCGGAGUCUGCUUCAUCAUCGUCGCCAUCUCGCUCGCCGCCGAGCGCCUCCUCCACCGCCUCGGCAAGGUGCUAAAAUUCAAUGGGCAAGAAGCACUGUUUUCUGCUCUUCAGAGAGUCAAAGAAGAGUUGAUGCUUCUGGGUUUCAUUUCCUUCCUGCUUAGCGUCUUCCAAAAAUUUAUCAAUCACAUUUGCAUCCCGGAGAGUGCUGCACAUCUCAUGCUUCCAUGCAUUACUAGAGAGACGUCCGAGACCACAGAAGAUGCUUCCAAACUUUGCAAGCGAAAGGGUGAAGUUCCUAUGCUAUCUGAAGAGGCUUUGCAUCAGCUGCACAUCUUUAUCUUUGUCCUUGGUAUUGUCCAUGUUGUAUUUUGUGUUACAACAUUGUUACUUGGUGGAGCCAAGAUGAAAAAAUGGGAGAAAUGGGAGAAAGAAAUUCAACAAGGAAGAACCAAGGAGCGACCAAAGAGGCCAGGCUGGAUGAAAUUCAUUGUUGUAAGAUGUGCCAUCUCAUUCUUGAAGCAGUUUUAUGAUUCUGUUGGUAAACCUGAUUAUCAAGUACUUAGAUCAGCUUUUGUUCAGAGGCACUACCCAAACCGUCCUGAUUUUGAUUUCCACAAGUACAUGGUUCGUGCUCUUGAGCAUGAUUUUAAAGAAGUAGUUGGAAUCAGCUGGUACCUAUGGCUUUUCGUUAUUGUCUUCCUGCUACUGAAUAUAAAUGGGUGGCACACAUACUUCUGGCUGUCUUUCUUGCCCUUAAUUCUCCUACUCAUUGUUGGCACAAAGCUGGAGCUCAUAAGCACUAGGCUGGCACAAGAGGCAGCAGACUGCCCAGAUGAAGCAACAGGAAACCCCUGGACAAAGCCAUGCAAGGAGCACUUCUGGUUCAGCAAGCCUAGGAUUGUCCUCCAUUUGAUCCACUUCAUCCUGUUCCAGAACUCCUUUGAGAUGGGUUUUUUCUUCUGGGUUCUGGCAACAUAUGGGUUUGAUUCAUGCAUCAUGGAGAACAAGAUUUAUGCCCUCCCCAGACUUGCUAUUGGAAUCAUCGUCCAGGUGCUCUGCAGCUACAGCACGCUGCCGCUAUACGCCAUCGUUACCCACAUGGGCGGGGACAUCAAGCUGCAGGCGUUCGGCGAGACGGUGCACGUGUCGGUGCACAGCUGGGCGACGGACGUGAGGAAGAAGAAGGCGGCGCCGCCGCCGCACUCCCACCUCCGCAUCCCCUUCCUCAUGAAGCGACGCCACAGCACCCGCGGCGCCGACGACGCCGCGGACGACGCCGGCGGCGACGUCGACCACCACCACCACCAUCACGGCCACCACCAUCACGGUCACCACCACCACGAGGGGAGCUCCGCGGCGGCGGCGGCGCCGGACCUGGAGGAGAUCGUGGCGACGACGUCGGGCGGCGAGGACGGGCACCCGCCGGCGCCGCCGCCGCCGCCGCAAGGCCCACGGCCGUAGAUAUUAUCGUAUACGGAAGCCCGAGCCGCCGGCGGCCGGUGCCCACGGCGGCCGGCGUGGCGAGCCGGCGGCAUGGAGACGUGUUGCUAGCUGAGUAGGUAAGCUACCUUGCGCGACACCGUUAGACCAAUCGCUACGUGCCACGUGUAUGGAGUUUGCUGAUGAGCUGUACAAAAUGGAGUUAAUUAUUAAAAUUGUACAUGCAUGCAAACUUAUGGAAUUGGACACAUAUCAUAUUUUUGGCAUACAUGUACUCUUCUGUGUUAUAGUACAAUUAAUGCAAAUUAAAUUGGAUAUAA